ACGACGUACGUGUCAGUCAUCGGGAUCGACGCGGAGGCCGCAGAUAAGGCCAUUGUUUCCGGUACAAUAGCAAUUUCCAAAACCUUGUCUAUAAAGUCUCGGCCGACUCCGACCAAAAUUUACAACAAAACUGCCAUGAACCGAUUGCUCUGCCGCUCUCUGACUCGUACCCCCAUCUACACGGCGCGGCGCUCAUUCGUAUCACCGCUGAGGAAAAUGGCCACCUCCACGACGCCCGAGUUUAACAAGAUGCUCUAUGCACCGCUGAGGGAGAUCGACCCGGUGGUACAGAACAUCAUUGACAAGGAGACAUGGCGGCAGUUCACUGGGCUGGAGCUCAUCGCGUCCGAGAACCUCACCAGUCGCGCGACGAUGGAGGCGAACGGCUCGAUCCUCACGAACAAGUACUCCGAGGGUCUUCCGGACCACAGGUACUACGGUGGUAACGAGUACAUCGACGAGCUUGAGCAGCUGUGCCGCGAGCGCGCGCUCAAGGCAUUCCACCUCGACCCGGCCAAGUGGGGUGUCAACGUACAACCGUACUCUGGCAGUACCGCAAACUUUGCUGCUCUUACGGCCCUCAUUCAGCCCCAGGACCGCCUCAUGGGUCUCGGGCUGCCCGAUGGUGGUCAUUUGACGCACGGCUACUACACUGCCAAGAAAAAGAUGACGGCGUCGUCCAUUUACUUCCAGUCCUUCCCCUACGGCAUCUCCACCGAGACCAAGCUCAUCGACUACGAGAACCUCUCCAACCAGGCCAAGCUCUUCAAGCCGCGUCUCAUCAUUUGCGGUGCCUCCGCCUACCCCCGCGACUGGGACUACAAGGCGCUGAAGACUGUUGCCGAGCGCGAGGGUGCCUUCCUCAUGGCCGACAUCGCGCACACCAGCGGUCUCGUCGCGGCGCAGCAGCUUAACAACCCCUUCGAGUACUGCGAUGUAGUCACCACGACCACCCACAAGACCCUUCGUGGCCCUCGUGCUGGUCUCAUCUUCUUCCGCAAGGAUCUCGAGCACGCAAAGGACCUCGAGAAGCGCGUCAACGACGCCGUUUUCCCGGCCUGCCAGGGUGGCCCGCACAACAACACCAUCGCUGGUAUUGCGACUGCUCUUCUCCAGGCGGCGCAGCCGGAGUUCCAGGAGUACGCGAAGCAGGUCAUCAAGAACGCUCGCGCGCUUGCUGAGGCUCUCGUCGCCCACGGCUACCAGCUGCAGACUGAUGGCACCGACAACCACCUUGUCCUUUGGGACUUGCGCCACCUCGGUCUCACCGGUAGCAAGGUCGAGAAGGUCUGCGAUCUCAUGGGGAUCACCAUCAACAAGAACGCUGUCAACGGUGACACCUCCGCGCAGACCCCCGGUGGUAUCCGUCUCGGCACGUCCGCGCUCACCUCGCGCGACAUGACCGAGGAGGACAUCAAGGUCGUCGCGGAGUUCCUGCAUCGCGCGGUGCAGAUCGCGCUCACCCUGCAGAAGGAGGCAGGCUCGAAGAAGCUCGUCGACUUCGUCCGCGUCGCGACGCAGAAGGAGGACGGCAAGGUUGGCUACGAGCAGGUCAAGGCGCUGCGUGAGGAGGUGCGCGCGUUCGCGACCAAGUGGCCGCUGCCUGGUGUGGAUGUGAAGAACCUCAAGAAGCCGGAGGGUCUGCACGAGGAUUAGAUGGGCUGAGUGAAGGGCUUUUAUGAGCUCUCAUGAGGCGAGGAGGUGUAUGUAGGG